AUGUCAACAACCAACACCAAUAACAACAGCCAUUUACUACAAAGCGUGCUUUCAGAUCCAAAAUUACUACGAUCGUUUGAAUCCUAUUUGCAUCGCAUCAAUGCACACCAAAACUUGUUGUUUAUUGAAGCAAUGUCUCAAUUGCGAUAUGACUAUUCAAAAACACCCGAAAUCGCCUUAAGGAGAAUCCAUAAAUCGUUCUUCUCAGAGGAUUCAAAACUUGUAUUAUCCAACAUCACUACCAAGGAAAAAGUCAAUGCAGAAAUAGAGGAUCUUCAAUGGGCCAUCAUUCGUCGAGAAGAUGCUGUAGCCGUGCUCAUUGAAACAGAGGAACAAGUGCUUGAAGUAUUGCAAUCCAAGCUUGACGAGUUUAUCCGUACAAAGAAAAUCAACAUCAUGUCCAUCAAACAACCUCCAUGCAAGUACCAAGUGCGAGUUGUCAUCAUUGGUGGCGGUUUUUCGGGCUUUACGGUGGCUUCUAUCUUGGAUCCCAUGCCAUUGUUCCAUGUCACUGUAAUUGAUACUAAAGACUCGUUUGAAUAUACCCCCGGCAUUAUCAAGCGGUUGGUGAAUCCUGAAGAAUCCAGCUCGAUGCGUGUACGACACGAUGCCUAUGUCAGGAAUGGGCGGGUGAUCAUUGGCUAUGCUACAAAGAUUGAUGAUGGUGCCAAAUCGCUUCAAGUCAAUGGUGAAACUCUUUGUUUCGAUUACCUCGUGAUUGCUACCGGUAGUUCAUAUGCUUCGCAGUUCAAAUCCACCGAUGUUUCUGUUCUCUAUCGAAUGACCGGUCUGGAACAAACACAUAGCGACCUUUUGAAUGCCAAAAAGGUGCUCAUUGUGGGUGGUGGAUUAGUCGGGUGUGAACUGGCAUCGGAGAUUGCAUUGCGCACGUUUCCCGGCAAGUAUCCCCACAAGGCAGUGACUUUGGUCGACUCACACCCCCAAGUGAUCAAUCGGAGUGAAACAACACAGCGUGAUAAGGCCAUGAACUAUUUGGCAGAUCUUGGUAUCGAGGUGGUUACCAAUGAACGUAUCUUCUUUGUCGAAGGCAGUGAAAAUGUUGGCUUGUAUCGUGGCACUAGCGGCCGAGUAUACACAGGCUAUGAUAUGGUAUUCAUGGCAACCGGUACACGUCCCAACAGCCAAUUGCUCCAAAAUAGUAACGACCUCGAUUGUUGCGUUGACAACUGGGGCCGUAUUUGUGUAAAGCCAACCUUGCAAAUCAAUCAUUACAAGUAUCAACACAUCUUUGCUGGUGGUGAUGCUACCAACAUUGCGGAGGAAAAAACAGGCUAUGCUGCUACACUCGCUGGUGUUUGUAUUGCUCGUAACAUUUGCCGUAUGGUGAAAGGCAAAGCACCCUUGCGUCAAGGUACCAAAGGUACGAUCCCUGCACCCGACAAGCCAUUGCACGGUAUCUCCUCUCAAGGUGGUAUUGGUAAACAAAAACUAGGCACUAUUAGACGCCGAUUUGCUUUCCUCAACCCAGCAUGGGCAGCUUUGAAGAUGUUUGAUGAGCAGCAAUAUCUUAAAAUGGUACAAGGAGAAGCCAUCAACUCCACUCAAGUCUUUGGUCGUAUGCCUCGUCGUUUGACACUGCCUACUGGUUAUGCUCGACCCCUCACUCAUUCGGUGUCGGCUGUAUCACUCGAUGUUGAUGAGGAAGAAUUUGAUGAUCGAUACCAUAGCUUGCCACCCGUGCCACAAGUGCCUUCACGUUACAAGCCCAAGCAAAGUCAAUCAUACCAUACAUCAGCAAAGAAUUCAGAAGACUCCGUAUAUCACCAUGGCAAAGGCAAAUUUGGUACAUGGAGUUCAUCAUCCACCGUUAGCUCUAUGGAUGGCAGCUCAACUGGUAGCAGCUCUUCAGGCUCAUUGUUGAAUGAUUUUGUGAACAAUCAUUUCCAAUUUGGUACCAGCGCCUUUGAUCAACAACAAGCUGCAAGAGAAGAUGGUGCUAGUGUAUCAUCCAAAGCAAGUACGGUAAAAUCCCACAACCAUCAACGUCGCCAUUCUCCACGUUCUCGUAGCCCUCGUCGACGAUCCAGCAUGCCUGCUAUUGACCAAAUUUUCAACGCAUGGCACAUUUAA